AUGAGAUGUCUCGGCGGUUGGAACCAAUCAGCGUUCAAGCCCGAGAAAGUUGCUGCUCUGUACUACCCGGUGCUGGCAUUUUGCACCAUGCUGUGGGCGGUCUUUUUUCAGGAGUCAUGGAAACGCUCAAACAACCACUACACGCACCACUGGGGCACCUUGGAUAAGCUGCCGAGUCUACUGGAGGAACCGAGACCACUGUUUAGGGGCACCUUAGAGCCUUCGCCAAUUACUGGCCGUUUGGAGCCGUUUUAUCCACGUUGGAAACGAAACUUAAUUGUGUGCUUCGUCACAUUGCCCAUUACCCUCCUCUGCUUGACUGUUGUGGUGGUUGUGGCUCUCGCACACAUCAAGCUGCAAGAGUACGCCGAGAACAGGGUCGCAAAGUGCCGUUUUCGCGUUGCCGCUCUGGUUCCCUUCCUACCAAUGAUUCUGUACGCUCUGAAUAUUUCGAUUCUUAACGCGAUCUACCGGAAAAUCGCAGCCUACCUGACGGAUUUGGAGAAUCACCGUUUGAGCGAGUCUCACGAGUUUGCAUUUGUGUCAAAGCUCAUCCUAUUCCAAUUCAUCAACGCCUUCUACGCUCCCUUUUACAUAGCUUUCUAUCGAAUGGACCUCGACCACCUGAGACACGUAACUUCGUUUGUCCGUAACCCUAGGUCCGUGGAAUUCGUUGAUGUCAUGUUCCGUGUUGAAGCUUUGGCGACGCGGCAGCAUGUUCACCUUGUCGCCUUACUCUUUUUGCAGCAUCUCAUGACAAUUCUCGUGACGCGCCAGAUCAUGGGCAACUUGAAGGAGGUGUUCUUGCCACUGGGUCAGACGCGGAUACGCCAGGUUUACCUUUCUCUGCGUGCUGACGGAUUCGCUCUGCUAAAACGCGAGGACGACGCGACAGCGCCGCCUCCACAGGUGUUCACCACCUCGUCAGACGUCGACGAUGGCGAAAACUCGCUUGAAGGGAGCUCCACGCGGAUGCGUCGCAAUGCAGGUGGGUGUUGGUUCUUCGUUGAGGCUUACAGAAGUGAUCCAAGGUCGUCUGACACCAGUCUUUUGCCGGUUGUAGAUGCCAAGGUACACCGCGACAUCGGGUUCACAAGAGCUGAGCAAGAGGAAAUUAUGCCGAAGUACGAUGACGCGACUGACGAUUACCUAGAGAUGUUCAUCCAGUUCGGUUUCGUCAGCAUGUUCACCUGCGCCUUCCCGAUUUGCGGUCUUCUGGCCUUUCUAAACAACCUCCUGGAGAUUCGAAGCGAUGCCUUCAAGCUCCUCACCAACUUCCAGCGUCCGUUUGCUGAAACCGCCACGGGAAUCGGCGUUUGGGAGCGGGCUUUCGAUAUUGUCAGCUACGUGGCGAUUUCCGUCAAUAUCGGAUUAAUUGGCGUAUCGGGGAGCCUUCAAGACGUCUUUCCUGGUCUGACACCCUACCAACACGCCCUCCUUCUGAUCUCAAUCGAGCACAUUCUCUUCGUGCUUCGUUUCGGACUGUCCCACGUUGUACCGCCGGUUCCCCUGGCACUGGAGACGUCGAUCGCCAUCUUGGAGCACAAACGUCGUGAGGCGCUUCGGACGGUUGAACGCGAAGGUCGGAAGGAGGCAAGGAAAGUGAGCGAGGGAAAUGACAGCCAAGCCAGCUACGAGUAUCCAGAGUACCAGAACUCCGACAUUGACACACCGUGA